AUGAAGAGGAAUCUGCGCUGGCUUAGUGGGAAUGGCCCCCACGUCCCGUCGGAUGGUGUUUCCUUUGGGAUGCCAUGGCCACGGGGAGUGCAUCAGCCAGGCCAGGCCUUUGUUAUCGAGGGCGACCACGGGGAAUGGCCUAUUGACUCGCGUGAACUUGCAUAUUGGGCUGAUGGCUCUCUCAAAUGUACGGCUCACUCAAUCAGCGGCGAUAUCGGGCACAGCAAGGAAUAUGUGGUCAAAGCCAUUCCCAGGCAGGGAAGGCCAACGGGAGUUAGAGUCCAGAGUGUUGGCGCUUCCCUUUCAGUCUCUUCACGGCAAGGAUUAAAUCUCAGAUUCGGGCCGACGGGAAGUUCGUCAUUGCUUGAAAGACUGGAGAUUGAUGGAAAUACUGUUUGCUCCGCUGCCACAAUCGUUGCAUCCAUCAAUGGAACUGAACACAAAACCCGUGUCAAGGCCGUGGAAAUCGAGAAUCAAACAUUCAGCAGGGUCGUUGUUAAGGUUACUGGGGCUGUGGAUGCAGGGAAAUCUGAAAACCGUCUUCCUUUUCAUGUGCGAUUCUAUGUGCAUUCAGACUCGCCGUCCGUGAAAAUAAUCCACUCGUUUGUACAUGACCUGGACCCCCAUGAGCCACUCACCUCGCUCGGUCUGCGAUUCGCCAUUCCGCUAGAGCACACAGAGCUCUACAACCGACAUAUUUGUCUUGGCGGGUCAGAGGGAGGUGUUCUGAAAGAGGAGGUGAAAGGUUUAUCUGGAUUAAGGUAUGGCCCAACAGUGCAAAACAGAAUCUAUCAAACGGCAGGACGGAUUGUCACUCUACGAGAGGAGGAGUGGACGAGAAUAAAUCUGGCCGAGGGUCUAUCCUACAUUCCUUCGUGGGACUCUUACUCGCUUUCUCAGCUCUCUUCUGAUGGCUUCACCAUCAAGAAACGAACCAAGCCAGGUUGCUCCUGGGUCAAAGUCAUCGGUGGUGGGCGGGCAGAUGGAACUGCGUACGUCGGAUCUGCCCAGCAUGGUGGACUGGCAGUUGGCAUGUCCGACUUUUGGGAGCGCUAUCCAACCCAGAUCGACCUGGACAACAUGACCUCGGAGGCCGGUAUUAUAACUGUAUGGCUAUACUCACCUUUAGCCGAGCCAUUGGAAACGGCACCUUACCACGAUGGCCUUGGCUUGGACACCUACCCAAAGCAAUUAAAGGCUCUGAACGUGACAUACGAGGAUUUUGAACCCGCGUUUGUGACAGCAAACGGUAUCGGAAGAACAAAUCAACUCUAUUUGAAGCCAUUUCGCCAGACCCCUUCCAACCAGGAGCUCAGUGCCUUCUCGUCACUCGUUCGCGAUCCGCCACGCCUGGUUGCAACUUCAGCGCAUAUGCACGCCGCGAAUGCCUUUCACGGAUGUUGGGCUCCUGAUUUCCAGACUAAAACCCUUGGUUCAACUUCCAAGGCAGCUGAUAUUGAGAAGAACCUGGACCUGCUAUUCAACUAUUACCAUGAUCAGGUUGAACAGAAUCGAUGGUACGGAUUCUGGGACCAUGGGGAUGUUCAACACACGUACGAUUCCUAUCGACAUGCAUGGAGAUACGAUGUUGGUGGUUUUGCAUGGGACAACUGCGAAUUAUCUACAGACCUUUGGCUUUGGCUCUAUUUUCUACACACUGAACGGGCAGAUGUAUUCAAGAUGGCCGAAGCCAUGACGAGACAUACCGGUGACGUGGAUGUAUAUCACAUUGGAAGAUUUAAAGGAUUUGGGACCCGGCAUGGUGUUCAGCAUUUCAGCGACAGUUCCAAGCAGCUUCGAAUCUCCAAUGUUCUCUACCGUCGUAUCUACUUUUAUCUCACCGGAGACGAACACACUGGAGACUUAAUUUCUGAGCUUCAAGGCUGUCAACACUCCCUCUUGGUACUGGAUUCUCAUCGCAAGGUGCAGCAACAUGCAGGAAUUCCUGAAGGUUUCGCGAUGACGAACAUCGGUCUGGAUUGCGGCCCUCUUAUUGCGGCCUGGUUAACAGCGUGGGAAGGUCGGAGUGAGGGCUGGGAGCAAUGCAAAGACCUUCUCAUCAACCUUCUAGACGGAAUUGCGGGCCUGAAACAUGGGAUUGGAAACAAUGCCAUUCUGUUUAAUCCAACCAGUGGUGAAGUACGAGAAUGUCCUCCUCCAACGCCAGAAUGGGCAAUCUCACACCUUUCUAUGCUGUUUGGCUUCCCCGAAAUCCUCGCUGAAUUAUUCCACUAUGCGUGGAAAGAGUAUCCUUUAAUGAUGGAGAAAUUCAUGAAAGUGUGGUUAGCUUAUUGCCGGGCAUACAACGGCGGUCCGAAGGUACAACGCGAAGAAUUCGGCUUCGAAUUCCCUUCUCAUGCAAUAUGGAGACAGAGCCAUUCAACUCUUACUGCUUUUGCAGCAGUUGAGUCAAAUGAUGAGCACCUUGCACAUACCGCUUGGGACCAAUUCUUUAAUACAGAUGGUUACACGGUACGACAAGAUUGGAGUAUAUUGCAGACGUCGCCUCCGGAUUAUUUCAGUAACGGCGAGGAGGCUCGAUGGGUAAGCACGAAUGAGACUGCUCGCUACGGUGUCUCUGCGAUCUUUAACCUUGCCAACAUUGGCAAAUACCUAUCUUAG